AUACUAGAUGGUUCUCCAUUCUCCUGUAGACCACCAUAAAUAGAGUGGAGCUCGUUUUACCAAAUAUUUACCCUUUUCGUUGGCUUCUAGAAUUCAGCCGAAAACUCUUUUUCGUGCCCCUGUUAUUUUGCGUAACCGUCUCACACCGAUCUACUUGCUAAGAAGGGAAAAAUGGCAGGUUCCCAUAUUGCACAUGCUGCAUACAAGGGUCCAAGUGUAGUGAAGGAGAUUAUGAUAGGGAUUGCUCUUGGAAUAGUUGCUGGGGGUUUGUGGAAGAAGCACCAUUGGAACAACCAGAGGAGAACUAAGGAAUUCUAUGAUCUGCUUGAGAAAAAUGAGAUCAGUGUUGUGGUUGACGAGUAACUAAAAGUCUGGUCAGAUACUAUUUGAAUUUUAAUGUGUUGUUUUCUCACUUGGAAUUAUAAUGAAUAAUGAUAGUUCAUUUGAAUAUAUUCAUGAGACAUACAUUUAAGUUGGGAAA